CGCCCGCUUCUUCGCUCGCUGAGGGGAGAAGAGGCGGGCGGGACCUGGCAAGGAGACGAGGCCGAGCGCCGGAGAAGAAGCGCCCGCUUUCUCCCUGCUCCAGGACUCUCCGUAAGCGGAUGAAGAUGAAUCCUCAGCAGCAGCGGAUGGCCGCUAUAGGGACAGACAAGGAAUUGAGCGACCUGCUGGACUUCAGCGCGGUAGGAUAUUCUUCGAAGUCUUCUUAUGGCUUCUCCACGAUGUUUUCUCCACCUCUUAAUAGUGGGAAAACUAGACCAACAACACUAGGAAGCAGCCAGUUCAGUGGAUCAGGUAUGGGAGAACGAACAGGUGCUGCAUCUUGGGGAGCAAGUGGUCAAUCAAGUCCUUCAUAUGAACCUACAAGGGAAAAUGGUGGCCUCCUUGGAAAAAGCUCAGAUCUCUCAACAGCUCUUGAGAAGCUGAAACAUGAGGAGGGUUUUACAGACAGCCCUCAUUAUGGUGAUCACUUGAAUGAUAGUCGAUUAGGCCCCGAUGAAGGAUUGUCCCCGACACCUUUCAUGAACUCAAAUCUGAUGGGAAAGACAUCAGAAAGAACUCAAUUUCCAUUGUUUGGUCGAGAACCAGGACUCUCAGGCUGUCAGUCAAGUCUGAUUCGAUCAGAUAUUGGGCUUGGAAGUCCAGGUCUGAUGUCCUCAGGAAAAGCCGGAACAUCAUAUUAUCCAUUUCCUACCACAAAUCCACGACGAAGAUCACUUCAUGAUUCAUCUUCUCUUGAUUCUCUACAGACCAAGAAAGUAAGAAAAGUGCCCCCAGGUUUGCCUUCAUCUGUUUAUGCGCCAUCUAAUUCAGAUGACUUUAAUAGAGAAUCUCCAAAUUACCCGUCUCCUAAACCACCAAGCAGUAUGUUCGCUAGCACUUUCUUUUUGCAAGAUGGGACUCACAGUGCUUCAGACCUUUGGAGCCCUUCCAAUGGAAUGAGCCAGCCUGCCUUUGGUGGAAUGCUAGAAAGUUCCUCCUCUCACAUGUCACAGUCCAGCAGCUAUGGCAGUCGACACACACAUGACCGCUUGAGCUAUCCCCCACAUUCAGUCUCACCAUCGGAUAUAAACGCCAGCCUUCCUCCAAUGUCCAGCUUCCACCGGGGCAGUACCAGCAGUUCGUCGUAUGUUGCCUCACACACUCCACCUGUCAAUGGAUCAGAUAACAACAUCAUACUGGUCAACAGAGGCAAUGCUGCCGGAAGCUCACAGACUGGGGAUGCUCUUGGAAAAGCCUUGGCAUCUAUUUAUUCGCCUGACCACACUAGCAGUAGUUUCCCUUCAAAUCCUUCAACACCUGUUGGAUCACCAUCACCUCUCACAGGUGCCAGUCAGUGGUCAAGGACUGGAGGACAAGCCCCUUCCUCUCCAAACUAUGAAAAUUCUCUGCACUCUUUGAAAAAUCGAGUUGAGCAACAACUUCACGAGCAUUUGCAAGAUGCUAUGUCAUUCUUAAAGGAUGUCUGUGAGCAGUCCCGGAUGGAGGAUCGCUUGGACAGACUCGAUGAUGCCAUCAAUGUGCUGAGGAGCCAUGCGGUGGGGCCUUCAACGAGCCUGCCGAGCGCCCAUGGAGAGAUACAUAGUUUACUGGGAUCUUCCCACAAUGGGCCUGUUAGUAGUUUGAACUCAAAUUAUGGAGCAUCCAGCCUUGUAACCACCAGUCGGCAAGCCUCAAUAGUCAGUGCGCACCGAGAAGACAGUGUCAGCCUCAGUGGCAGUCAUUCGGGAUUGUCCAGUGCCCUUUCUGCUCAGAAUUCUGAACUAAACCACAAAGCACAAGAAAGCUACAGAGUGCUGUCAUCUGGGUUGCCGAACCACUCAGUGGCAUUAGGUCCGGCUGAGAUCAAGUCAGAGCACAAGGAGAAAGAUGAAAACACACAUGAACCUGCCUCCUCUGAUGAUAUGAAAUCUGAUGAUGAGUCCUCCCAAAAGGAUAUCAAAAUCUCAUCAAGAGGAAGAACAAGCAGCACUAAUGAAGAUGAGGACUUAAAUCCGGAACAAAAGCUGGAGCGGGAGCGAGAGAGGCGGAUGGCCAACAACGCUCGUGAGCGCUUGCGGGUCCGAGAUAUUAACGAAGCAUUCAAAGAGCUGGGCCGGAUGUGUCAGCUUCAUCUGAAGAGUGAGAAACCUCAGACCAAGCUGCUUAUUCUUCACCAGGCUGUGGCAGUCAUCCUCAGUCUCGAGCAGCAAGUCAGAGAGAGGAACCUAAACCCAAAAGCAGCCUGCCUUAAGAGAAGGGAAGAAGAAAAAGUUUCUGCCGUAUCGGCAGAGCCACCAGCAUCACAUCCAGGAAGCCACCCUGGACUUAGUGAAACUACCAACCCUAUGGGUCAUAUGUAAACACCAGCCAGAAUUCCAGAAUCAUGGGGAGGAAACCUAGAAGGUGACCUGCUUUUCUUCACAAGGACACAGACUCAAAAUUGAACAAAGACACAUCUGAUAGGAGACACAAGAAACCCAAACGCAAUUAUAUGGUUAAAGUAACUGGUGACCAACUGCGUCAGUGUGAUGAUGCCAACAGCAUCUCCUCCUGAUAGAAUUUCAGCACCAGAAAUAUUCUGUGCUUCUCCUCCUCCUCCUCCUCCUCCUUGUCCUCUUGCAAGCAGCAUGCCGCUCCAGCACAAUCAGAGACUCUUUGAUUCCUCCACUCGCCGUGGAAGUUGCCUUGUGCCUAAACUGAAUUGACAAAUGCAUUGUAACUACAAAUUGUUAUUUAUUUGUAAUGGAACUGUGAAGGUCUACAUAUGAAGGGAAAUGUUAAGCUGUUCGAAGCUGAUGGGAGUUCAGCUGAGAGGUUGGUGUUAAGAGAGCAAAACUACAAAAACUUCUAACCCUUCACAUUCCCAGCAUACUUGUGAAUGUCUUAAAAGAAAGAAGGGACAAGGGCUUCUGUCAUUCUUCCCAUUCCUUUGGCUGUUUGGUGCAUGUUUUCCUUAGUAUGUCUUUUUAUUUUUAAAUGCUUGCCAGCCCUCUCAGGCACAGUUCCUUAUUGCAAAGGUGUUCCUGUUCCAAGUGCAAGGCAUGAACCAUACUAUGGUCACAGCAUUCUUGGAAUGAAAAGAAGUGAUGUACUAUUGAUUUCUCAAACCCUUUAGACAGUUGGGGUUCCUAGUAUAACUUACAAUGUGUAAAUUGGGGGGGGACAACCAACUUAGAACUGCUUUGUUUUCUAAGCAGUAAGUAUAAGUAAAUGGUUGUAAGCAUAAAAUAUAUUAAAAUGCAAAGGAGACUUACUUACCUGUUGUAAAGUCUGGUGAGCAGUCCGAUCUGAAGUUUGUUGUGGCAGGAGUAGGGUGAGUGGAUCUGACCACUGGGAUACAAGAGCAACAGCCAGUCUGUCCUUACACUUUAGCUUAAAAAUUAUCAUCUAGUUUACCUGCAGAGAAGGUUGGGAUGGGAUCCUAUCAACUUCUUGCCAUACGUCUUUGUCCUAGAAAAUAAGCUGCAACAGCAAUCUCAGAAUAUGCUGCAGCUUGACCUGAGUGGUCCUUAAGUCUUCCCUUCUUGCUCCCUCUUUUGGGGAUAUCCCAGCUCUUUUGAACUUCCAUAAAAGCUGUCUUCCACUGUAGCACCCCAGAGUGUGGCAGAGAGGAAGGGACAAUCAAAACACAACUUUCCUAACUCUCUUCCUGGCUGCCAUCUGCUUGUACUCACUAAAGAAAUAGAUCAACUAGCCAUCUGAAUAAUCUCACCACAUUUGAAAGAACAAAAAUGUUGCUACAACAGGCUUAAGAAUUUUAGAUCACGUCUUAGAUGGUUCCUAGAAAAUCAACUGGUUUGUGAAGUGACUGACUGGAUUAUUUAUCAGUUCUCCAGUAACACCUGACCCAACUUCUGUGGCCUUGUUCUUCAUUUCAGUGCUUCUUGUCUCAAUGAACUUCUGCUUAUGAUGACAUGUGAAAGUGCUCACCUGCCGCUGCCUGACCUUUUUCCUUCCAAGCUUGUUGUCUCUUGGCUGUAUUAGAAUUUGUGGUAUGCCCAGAAGCUUUCCUUCAUAAAAUAGAAAGAGAGAGAGAAAAAGAAAA